AGGUUAGCAUGUCUCUUCACCAUCCCAGUGGCAAUGGAGGCUGGCUAGGGCGGCCCAGGCGCCUCACAGCCAGCUGCCUGCAAGCCGAGCCUCUGCGAACGCUGCCAUACCAAAGCUUGGCAUCUCAAAGCGUGCGCCCUGCCGAGCCCAGUGGCUCGAAAAUCCUUCACGUUCUAUCCUGCCAUUUUGACCAUGGCGAGGACUCGACGCGAUAUCGUAGCCCUUUCCCCGUGGCGCUGGUUGCUGCUGCCACUGCUGUGCGAAAGGACCCUGGCCGCCAUGCCCAAAACCGGCACCCCAGCGGCCGGAGCACACACCGGCCCAGGCGCCUUUAGCCCGCCGGACCUGGCGGAGCCUGCGGAGCUGGACCUGCUGGACGACUCCGAAAGCAAAGACAUGCCCUGGCCACAAGAGCAGGAGCAUUCCGAAUCCAAGCCGGACAGACAGUCCCUCCUGUCCAUUGCUGGGGAGCACGCUUGGACCAUUGUCUCCUUCAUGGUCGGCUAUGCCAUCGUCCAGUACAUGCUGGGAAGCGGCAGGGAUCCCGACACCAAAGAGGAGUGAGAUGCAACUGCCACUCCGCGUUGGCUUCGUGUAUCCCUAUAUACCCCUGGCUUGGAUCACCCGUUUGCCAUAGGCU